AUGGUCAGCUAUAUGAGUCCUCUCUCCUUGCAUCCCUGCACUCCCCCCCCCUCUCCCUCACCCGCUCCCGGCAGUACAUCCCCAUCCCCCACCCGUGUCCGUCUCUCCACAGUGGCCCAACACAAGCCUGCUGCCGAGAGUGUGAAGCAGAUCCAGUCCGCAACCACCGAGAGCCCAGCGCAGUCGCGAACAACACAUCAGAAAAACCUCCUCGAUAAGGGAAUUCUUUUUGUACUAACUUUUUUGGCUGAGCCUUUUUUGAUUUGCAUAUCCACUUCCACUCCUUCCUCAUUUGCAUACAGCAAGAAUGGCGAGCGGGCAUCCCACAGACAAAUUCAGUUUCAUGUAUCAACCAGACACGCACAAGAGUAA